AUGGAUUCGCAACCGAACAAGAGGCGUAGCAUCUUUGGCCUGGCCACCAAUCUCUUCCGCGGCUCCUCUGCGCCCGCCGACGACUCUGAUUCCAAGACUGAACCCCCCCAGCAGAAUGGCAUCAACAAGGCCCAGUCCGUCCCGCGCAUCGACUUCAACAGCGCAACGCAUGAAAGCCCUGCUAAGCGCGCGUCCGAUGCGCAGUUGGCAUCCCGCAAGCUCAUCGGCCGCCCUCAGGGCCCGUCCAGCAAGCUUGCCCAGUCCUUCACCAGCACAGACUUCACAGAACUGUCAUCGGCACCGCAAAAGAAGAUCACAUUCCAUACUGCUUCGGCGGCCGGCGCGACGAGGAGGAUGCCCGGCGACAACCCCUACAAGUCGCCUUCAUUCACAAAUGGAGCCAAGGGUCCGGUUGUCAACGGAAACGGUGCCAAAGCAGCCAGCUUCUCUGGAACUGGCACGAGCACAGCGCCGAGCAACAUCUUCCGUUCUGGCACUCCUUCCCUUUACCAGCGGCCCAGCGGCACGACCUUUGCUCCUCGCAUCGUUCCUGGCGGCCUGAAGAGCAGCCUUCCCCAGAGCACCCCCGGUCGCACUUCGCGCGGUACAACCGCUGAGCUCCUUGGUGCCGUCCCGGUCAACACGGAGCUUUUCAAGAUGAGGAUCCCUGAGCCUCCUCAUCACUUGACCGGCGAGGUGCUGGCUAAAGAAGUCCCAGAUGAUCCCAACAGGGCCGGUUCCAUUUAUGCCGACGAGUUUUUGGCACACUACUGUCCGCCCGAUCUCGAUGAGCAACAGAAAAAGCAGUUUUUCUGCAUCCUCGAUUUGAGGCGACUCAAGUAUGCCGCCGAUGAGAUAUUCACCAAGAAGGAUUGGAAGAUCAAUAUUCUAAACUUUGCAAAGGAGUACGAGAAGAGCCGUAGCUUGAUUAUGCUGCGGUACGGCUUGUACGAAUUCAAGACGGUUAGGGCUUCGGAAGAAAUCAAGAAGGAAUGGAGGCAAAAGCAUGGAAUUGCGGAAUCCGAGGAAGAAGCCAGCGCAUUCUCGAAUCUCAAGACACCGGCUGGCUCGAAGAGAAAGGCCGAAGAGGAACUGUCGCCAAUUGACGGCGCCCUAAAGGCUUCCACCACCGCUAGUAACAAGCGCCCGCGUGCUCCAGAACCGACCAGCCCUUCGCCAAUUAAGCAAAAGCCUAAGCGCAAGGCCUCGACGGUUGGAUCGCCAGACGAAGUUCAGCCAGCCAAGCUGCAAAAGGCCUCGGGAACCCCAACCAAGGCGUCCUCUGCCACCAAGUCUGUCUUUGAGAGCAUUGUCAACAAGACGCCAACCGUCAAGGCCACCACGACCAAACCUGCGCCUAAAUCUGUGUUUGAAACUGGUCCCAAGGCUCCUGCCUCCUCCGGCAACAUCUUUGGUCAUCUUUCCGACAGCAAGAGCAGCAACGAUGAUGCCGAUGCGGAUAGCGAUGCCGAGACCGCUUCCAACGUUGACGACGAUGAGGAUGAGCCCGAAGCUCAGCGUGAUGGGUCUGCCAGCAUUGGUGUUGUUACCCCUCAGUUUGGGCUGGGAAGCCAGGCAGCGGUGAAUGGCGGAUCUAGUGCCUCCUCAGACGCCGGAGGAAGCUUCCAGGGCCGCAGCAUCUUCGAUCGUAUCACCAAAGGAUCUGACGGACAACCAAUUCGCAAGCCCGUUUCUCAAGCUGGCAAGUCUGACUUGUUCUCUGCCACCCUCAAGGAGGACCGACCACUCAGCACAAUCCAGGAGCAAGCCUCUUCCCCUGCUCCGCCAAGCGCUAGCUUUUCCUUCGGUGUCACCCCUGCUUCGCAGCCUUCCCAGCCCGAACAGAACGGUAACAUCUUUGGAGCCAACACUUCUUUCACAUUCUCAGCUGGAGGCAAUGAUGGCGCUGCUAUCAACAAUCCUUUUGCUACUGGAGGCGCCGCUACUCCCACCUCGUCAUCGUUUACCUUUGGCCAGACAGGUGGCACCUCUGCGCCGUUUGUCUUUGGACAAAGCAGUCAAAACACUCCAUCCAUCACCUUUGGCGGUGCCCAGGACUCUACACAACAAAACGGCAGCUCCAACAUGUUCGCCUUUGGUGGUCAACAGCCCUCUGGGGGUGGAUCCAUGUUCAACCUGGCGCCGCCCGUAGGGGGGACAUCAACAGGUACUGAUUCCCCCAAAACCUUCGGCGGUGCUUCAAGCUUGGCCACGACGCCGGCUGUGGGGACACCAGAGCCAGUGGCCGCCGAGUCCAAGGAUGCUCAAGGAACGCACGCUGACGGGGAUGAGGCACCACAGGAGCAAAUCUCGCUAGUCGAAGGCGGCCCGGGGGAAGAGGACGAGUCCGUCGUGUAUGAAGUUCGUGCCAAGGCGUAUAAGCUCGUUGCUCCCGACGACGAUGACGAUGACGAAGGCUCCAAGGAGAAGAAGAAGCCCUCCGUGUGGAAGACGCAGGGAGUUGGCCCCCUGCGUCUGCUCAAGCACAAGAAUACCGGUGCGGUGCGCAUGCUGAUGCGUGUCGAACCCCGCGGCAAUAUCGCGCUCAACAAGAUCAUCCUCCCCAACUUCACCUACAAGCCCGAUGCUGCGGCUCCCAAGAACAUCAAGAUCACCACGGCGACGGACGAUGGCAAGGGUUUGGAGACUUGGAUGCUCACCACCAAGACCACGCAGGCUUUGGCUGAUGCGCUGGAAGAGCACAAGAAGGCAAAUGAAAAGAAGGAUUAA